UAACUUCAUUUGUCAUUGGCACUAGAAACAUUCUCUUACAAAUAUUUUGUACUUUUGAGAACAAAGAGAGUUCAUUCAUAGACAUGAAUACAUCAAUGAUGGCUUCUUUUUUGGUUUUGUUGUUGGCUUUUCCUUGUGUAUUUGCAACUGAUUACACUGUUGGUGAUGCUAAUCAAUGGACUCAAGGGAUUGAUUACACUACUUGGACUUCUGGAAAAACUUUCAAAGUUGGUGAUAAUUUAGUGUUCAAGUAUGGAGGAACUCACCAAGUGAAUGAAGUUGAUGAGAGUGAUUACAAAAGUUGUAGUUCAAGCAACACCAUAAAGAAUUACAAUGAUGGAGAUUCAAAGGUUCCAUUAACAAAAACUGGAAAAAUUUACUUCAUAUGUCCAACAACAGGUCAUUGUUCUGCUGGAAUGAAACUUGAGGUCAAUGUUGUUGCUGCUAGCACUUCCCCAACUCCAUCAACAACACCAUCAACCACUCCAUCAACUCCAUCUUCUGAGACUAAUUCAACUUCUCCAUCACCACCAAAAGAUAGUGGAGCUGUUAGUGUUUCAAAUGGUGUUGGUCUUUUUAUGGGUUCUUUGUUCGUGGUCUUAGGUUUCAUGGGCUAGGGAAGAGACAGUGCAACUGCAAUUAUUGUUAUUAAUAGUCCUUUUGAUUUUAUGUGCUUUUUGUUGAAUUUAUACAACACAGUUAUUGUUAUUAUUGAUCAUUCAUUAAAAUUUGUCAUGGAUUCUCUUUUCUAUCUACUAUGCGUUAGUAUCCUCUCCGGAUUCAAUCUUGGACCUUUCUAUAUGGGCCUCGCAAAUGACCCAAAACAACUGCCCCUAAGCCGUUAUUUAUAUGCAGUAGAGUGAGUGAGGGGGUUUGCUAUGUCCACAUUUAGGCUGACUUAUAUAAAAAAUAAGUGAAGAAUCUUAAUCUGACGUA